AUGACAUUAUUAAGCGUGAAAAAAUUCACAGCCUACAGGAAAAAAAAUGCUGGUGUUAAUUCACUCCCUAUAAGAGAAAAUGCAAAUAUUGCUAAUUUUGUUAGUUCAUUAUCUACUGAAGAAGAAGAAUCAACACUCGAGUCUUUUUUUGAAAUAAUUGAUCUAGAAAUGACCUGA